UACAAUUGCUUAGGAAGGAUCCGGCCCUUCUUCAGAGGCGAGCGGGGCUGCGGUUUCUGCUGCUUGUCAGGGAAGGCUGUGUCUGGGGGCAUGCUGCUUGCUAGGCAGCUCCAGGUCCGGAUUCUACUGCAUUAGUUAGUUCUCCUUGUCGUCUGAAGCAAUCGCCCGGCCGCCGGCUCCCUGUACAGACCAGCCAGAGUUCCCCAGGAGUCUUCUUGGAAGAGCCCCCAACAUCAGAACCAUGGGGCAUCCCCCGCUGGAGUUCAGCGACUGCUACCUGGACAGCCCCGAUUUCCGGGAGAGGCUCAAAUGUUAUGAACAGGAACUGGAGAGGACCAAUAAAUUCAUCAAAGAUGUGAUAAAAGACGGGAACGCGCUUAUCAGUGCUAUGAGAAAUUACUCUUCUGCUGUUCAGAAAUUCUCCCAGACGCUGCAGUCCUUUCAGUUUGAUUUUAUUGGAGACACUUUGACUGAUGAUGAGAUUAACAUUGCUGAAUCCUUCAAGGAAUUUGCCGAAUUGCUCAAUGAAGUAGAAAACGAGAGGAUGAUGAUGGUACAUAAUGCUAGUGAUUUGCUGAUCAAACCCUUGGAAAAUUUCCGGAAGGAACAAAUAGGCUUCACCAAGGUAUAUUUUUUUCUCUAUGUAUAACAAAUAUUUUUUAUAGAAAUU